AUGGUUGUUGAAGCCAAAAGGACUGAAGCACACUUAGAAGGUCCUGGUAAGGACUUCAAGCCAGAACCACCCGAUAAGGUUCAAGACGAAGUGCAAGGACAGAGACUCGACACCAUUUAUGAUGACGAGCCUUUUUGGGUUUCAAAAAGGAUUCGUUGGGAAUUGGUCGAAAUAAAGUUACCUAUAAUGCUUGGGAAGAAGCCAAUCAAGCAGACUCUGAGGCGUUUUGCACCUGAAGUUCUAUUGAAAAUCAAGGAAGAGGUUGAAAGGCUUCUCAAGUGCAAUUUCAUUCAUACGACCAGGUAUGUCGAAUGGAUUGCUAACAUUGUACCAGUCAUUAAGAAAAGUGACACUUUGAGGAUUUGCAUUGACUUCAGAGAUUUGAAUGAUGCAACCCUAAAGGAUGAAUAUCCAAUACCCGUAGCAGAAAUGCUUGUUGAUUCCGCCAUAGGGCACAAAUAUCUUAGUAUGCUCGACGAAUAUUCUGGAUAUAACUAG